AUGGCGAACCACGCAAUCAUCAUCAAAGCUGCCGCAACGCCAGAGUUGGUCGAGGCCUCGGUUCCUAGCCUCCGGGAUGACUACAUUCUCGUGAAGGUCAAAGCUGUGGCGUUGAAUCCAACUGACAUCCUCCACAUUGACUAUUUUGCGCCGGUCGGAGCUUGCGUUGGAUGUGAUUACGCAGGAAUCGUGGAGGAGGUGGGCACGAAAGUGACGAAACCCUUCAAGAAAGGAGAUCGCAUUGCGGGAGUCGCACAUGGAUCCAAUGCAGUAAAUCAUGAAGAUGGUACCUUUGCAGAACUCAUCACUGUCAAAGGUGACCUGCAAAUCCAUAUUCCAGACACAAUCAGCUUUGAGGAAGCCGCGACGCUCGGGAUCGGAAUCACCACGGUCGGCCAAGCUCUCUAUCAGAGCCUGGGUCUUGCGCUCCCGGAGGAGAGCGACAACAGCAGGCAACCGCUUCUUGUCUAUGGAGGCUCCACAGCAACUGGAUCUCUUGCGGUGCAGUACGCAAAGCAAUCCGGCAUGCUGGUCGUCGCCACUGCUUCCGCACAUAAUUUCGACUAUGUGAAGAGCCUGGGGGCGGAUGAGGUGUUUGACUACACUUCGCCCACCUGCGCAGAAGAUAUCAAAAGGAGCACGAAGGGCGAACUCACCCUGGCUUUGGACUGCAUCUCCAAAGGCAACAGCACCCAAAUUUGCGUGGAAGCAAUGAGUGACAAGGGAGGAGUGUACACCACUCUUUUGCCAGUCCCUGGCGAGAGAGUAACGUCUAUCAACGAUAAAGUCGAAAACAAAUCCACAUUGGCCUACACAGCAAUUGGAGAAGCAUUUCAAUUUGGCCCACAGAGUCUCCCUGCAAUCCCAAGCCAUUUUGAGUUUGCAAAGAAAUUCUGGUCAGUAAGCGAGAGGCUUCUUGCCGAUGGUAAAAUCAAGGUGCACCAAAUCGCCGUCAACGAGGGUGGUAGUGGCCUGCAAGGGGUUCUGCAAGGCUUACAAACGGUUAGAACGGGAGAUGUGAGAGGUAGGAAACUUGUAUAUACAUUGUAG